AUGACACUGGAUAAUGCUUCGCUAAGAGGUAAGCUUAUACGAAAGCGUACCCACCCUGACUCGCCCAGAGGAGAGGAUCUAGGAUCAGAUUCGGCAUCCUCUGAUGAAGUAGUACCGGCAGCAAAAGUCACUACCGCUCGACGAGGUAGGGGCCGCCCACCGACCUCAGGUCGAUAUGUGGGAUUGUCAGUAGCGAGACGAGAAUUGGCUGCAGCACAAAAAGCCAACCGCUCUUCAGAGCACCUGGAGGUGUUGGUCACGCGGACAUCGUCAGAGGAAACAGGACGACUGCAGGCUGAGAAUUCUCGCCUCUCGGCUGAAUCUGCUCAGCUCCGUAAAGAGUUGGAAGAGCUGCGCGCAGAGCUAGGCAGGUUGCAGGUAAGACGCCAGAUAGAAGUCGAGGUCUCGCCUUUUCAACGGCCAGCUCAAGAGUCAGAGGUGGCCUGUCUACUCCGUCAGGAGUUGGCAAAUUUAAACCAGCGGUUUACUGUCUUGGAGGGGAAGAUUCUCCGCCCUCCGUUGGCCAGUGACAAGAGGAUAAAGCCGACUUAUGCAGAAUCUGCUGCCUCUCCUAGUCAGGAGAAAACUGUUGAGAUGGUAACACGGAUGUCUGCCUCUCAGCCUGCCUCCAGUAUUCGAAUGACAAAGGCAAGUGAAAAGGGAAAGGUUAAAAAGACAACUGCACGCGGGGCUGGUAAUCUGAGGCCAAAUAUUUCUACGGCGAGUGGGACUGAAAAAGCAGUUCCCACCACAUCUGUCAGUCAGCCCAAGCAGCCAGCUGGUUCACGGGAAGGCGAAUGGGAGACCGCAGGGGCCAAGAAGAAGGCUGAAAAAAGACGGCGGAAUAAAAGGAAAAAGGCAGCAAGAGACACCAGAAGGCUUCGCGCCCCACGCUCAACCGCGGUGGUCAUCACCUUACCGUCUGAAGCUGAGGAGCGUGGUCUUAGCUACGCCAAAGUCUUGGCUAAAGCCAAAGCGGAGAUCAAGCUGGCUGACAUCGAUGUUUUCUAUGUACAAGCUCAUGCAGCAUGA